GUGUUUUAUUGUAAGGAAUGAAGUGUGAGAGCUCAAGAGUCGAGUGAAAACUAGGGUUCAUAUGGGAUGACGAGAUUCUGACCGGAGCAGUCAACGGUCCACUUCAUCGCCAUUUUCAGAAUCAACGAAGGUCAAGGGGUUUGAAAGUAAUAUUGUUUUGGAUCGGUCGUUCUGUUUAUUGUUUGGCAAUAUCUCUAGAAGCAGAAAGUUUGAGAGUUGAAGGAGAAGGUUUAGAUGAUGGACAGGAUCAGCCAGUUGCCUGACGCUUUGCUCUUGAGGAUACUGUCAACAGUUCCAGCAAAAGAUGUCGUGGCCACGAGGCUUUUGUCGAGACGAUGGGAGUCUCUUUGGAAGAUGGUGCCGGAACUUCAGUAUGAUGAUAGCUCUCACACUUAUGAAUACUGGAGGUUUUCGAGAUUUGUUGACAGAUCUUUGCUACUGAAUGAGGCUCCAGUCCUUGAAAGUUUGCAGCUCAAACUCGGGCCGAAAUGUGGAGCCGUUGAUGUUGGAAUAUGGGUUAAGCUUGCAGUUGAUCGCCGUGUGAGUAAGAUGACAAUCCAUUAUUCUUCCACCGAAAGGCCUAUCAAAUUGCCGAUGAGCCUAUAUACAUGUGACUCGCUUAUGGUCUUGGUGCUAAAUAAUGGGAUUCUUGUCGAUGUUCCUGAUCUGGUUUGUUUCCCAUCGCUUAAAAUUCUGCAUCUUGAUUUUGUGAAGUACGCCGGGGAUGAAUCUGUCUUGCGGUUUUUAUCCAAUUGUCCCGUUCUUGAAGAUCUUGUUGUCAAAAGGUGUCAUAAUGAUAAUGUGACCACUUUCGUGGUUACAGUACCUACCUUACAGAGAUUAUAUGUAUACAGAACAUCAGAAAAGGUCCAAGAUGGAGAUGAUCUCACGUUUUCCAUAAAUGCUCCUUCUGUGAAACACUUUGGCAUUACAGAUUAUCAUGAUAUCUCUAGUUUGGCUGAGAAUAUGCCUGUGGUGGAAGAGGCGAAUAUCGAUGUUACUUAUAGCAACACCGAGAAGCUUCUGGGAUCUCUUACUUCAGUCAAGUGCCUUUCAUUGUGUUUAAACACUUCAAAGGCUGCGUAUCCUACUGGUAGUAUCUUCUAUCGGCUUGUGUAUUUGGAACUAUGUACAUGUGUUUCAGAGUGGAUGAAUCUACUAAUGCUUCUGCUCAAAGAUUGCCCUAACCUACGAGUUCUCAAGCUAGAUGAGAGACACACUCCUGAUACUGAUGAACCCCGGCCUUCCUGGAAUCAGCCGAGUUCUGUUCCCGAGUGUUUGUUGUUCCAUCUUGAAAAUUUUGAGUUCCAAAGAUAUGGAGGGAAUCAAGAAGAAAAAGAACUUGUGAUAUAUAUCUUAAAGAACGCAAAUCGUUUAAAGAUGGCGAGUAUCUCCCCAAAAUCUACAGAUUUGGAAGAGAAAUUCCGGAUGAUCAAGGAGUUGGCAUUGUCAUCGAGGGGGUCCACGGAAUGUGAGCUCGUGUUUGAAUGAGAUCGUAUAGUCUGUCCAAGCUCUUACACACCGUUUAAAUUCGGGAUAUGAUCAAAGGAGUUGGCAUUGUUAUGCUGCAGGGAGGGCUCAAGAACGAAAAUCAUAAUCAGAAUCAUCAGGAGGAGGCAAAGGGUUGCAACGACAGACUUGAGCCUCGAGGUCACAGGAACCGCCCUGAGGACUACAAAAGUCUGUGCAUUUGGAGUUGGCGAUACACCGGACAGGUCCAAAGGGCUUGUUGGGAUCUCCGGUCGGACCACACACGCAUGUCCCGUCUGCUGUAUGGCAUAUCCCCAUCCCAUUGCAUACGAAAUUGCAAUCCUCAGGGCCGACGCAUUGCGGUUUCGGAGGAGGCAACUCCUUCCCUGCCUUCCCUACCCCUGCAGAAGCAUUUCAUUCACCCGGGGCACCAACAAGCCCCUCUCAGAAGGUCGCAGAAAGCUCCCUCAUCGGUUCCGCAGCCCUUGCAGUCACCGUCCCGGCCGCAGGGUGGACCGCUGUUGAUGGUGGCCGCCCCUUUCAAUGGCAAUGGCAAUGGCCGGCAUACACAUUUCUUCUGAUGGAUGUUACAGUAUCCCCCAUGCCUGCAUCCUGUUAUACACUCGUCAUGCCCUUUGCAUUCCCUGUUUUUCCGCAUUCCUUCUGAGAUUGUCGCUGCACCGAUCAAAACAACAGCAGAGAUUGAGAAAGUCAGACCCUUUUUUAUUCGUUUGAUCGAAUGUCUCCCUAGUGAAUUGUAGCAGAAGAAAAAGUUCACAGAUUUAGGAGUUUAAUCGGCCAUUAGUCAACCCUAAUACUUUUUGUUUUGUAGAGGGUUUAUGACAAGUGCAUGAAGGUGGGUUCAAACCAGAGACAAGUAGGAAGGUGAGUGCAAAGAGAACAAGGUGGAACCCAGUCUUAGCCAUGGAAAUUGGAAACUGUCCCUUCCACACUUCCUGCGUCUUGUUUUGGUUUUUUGUAUAGAAGCAGAAUUCAAAGGUUUACAAAUAUAUAUAUAGCCGAAGAAAAUGGCUCAUGGAA